AUGAGUUCAGUGUCCUCUUAAGCUUCCAGCAAGAGAACAACCAUGAGUUCAGUGUCCAUUGAUGCUUCCAGUGUGAGAGUCAGAGAACUGGGGCACUUUCAUAUCGAGGAUACUGAUCAAACAGAGAGGUCCCAGUGGAUGCUGAAUUCUCCCAAUCCACCACCUCUAUGGAAGAGGCUAUUUCGUCCACUGAAAGACACCAAGUUCUUUUUUUCAUCCAAGAAGAAAACUUGCCAUGGAAAUGCUGUUUCAUUUUUGGGGAGUUUAUUCCCUAUCCUUAGCUGGCUCAGAAAUUACAAAGCCUCCAUGUUCAAAGAUGAUUUGCUAGCAGGUUUAACUCUUGCCAGCCUCAGCAUACCUCAGAGUAUAGGAUAUGCUAAUUUAGCAAGACUUGAUCCUCAAUAUGGAUUGUACACCAGUGUUGUUCCUCCUCUUAUCUAUGCUCUGAUGGGGAGCUCAAGAGAAAUUGCAAUUGGACCUGUAGCUGUAGUGUCAUUGCUGCUAUCCUCCCUUGUCCAGAAAGUGGUAGAUCCUGCUGCUAAUCCUGAUGCCUACAGAAAUGUUGUCUUUACAGUGACCUUAUUUGCUGGAAUCUUUCAAACUGCAUUCGGAGUUUUCAGGUUGGGUUUUCUUGUGGAUUUUCUUUCACAUGCUGCCCUUGUAGGAUUCAUGGCAGGUGCAGCCAUCAUUAUUGGUCUUCAGCAACUCAAGGGGUUGCUGGGGCUUACUCACUUUACCACCAAAACUGAUGCAGUGUCGGUGUUGGAAUCUGUUUAUAAGUCACUCCAUCAUCAAAUUACAUCUGCAGAAAAGUGGUACCCUCUGAAUUUUGUCAUGGGGUGUUCAUUCCUGAUUUUCCUUUUAAUUGCCCGAUUUAUUGGCAGAAAAAACAAAAAACUUUUCUGGUUGCCUGCUGUUGCUCCUCUUCUAUCAGUUAUAUUAUCAACUUUAAUUGUGUAUUUGUCCAAAGCUGAUAAGAAUGGGGUUAAUAUAAUAAAGCAUGUCAAAGGAGGCCUGAAUCCAAGUUCGGCUCACCAGUUACAAUUCCAUGGUCAACAUGUUGGACAAGCAGCUAAAAUUGGAUUGAUUUCGGCCAUCAUUGCUCUUACUGAAGCAAUAGCUGUUGGUCGAUCUUUUGCUUCCAUUAAGGGAUACCAUCUUGAUGGGAACAAAGAAAUGUUAGCAAUGGGCUGUAUGAACAUUGCAGGAUCUUUCACUUCAUGUUAUGUGGCAACAGGUUCUUUCUCAAGGACUGCAGUGAAUUUCAGUGCAGGAUGUCAAACAGCAGUAUCAAAUAUUGUGAUGGCCGUUACUGUGCUUCUGUGUUUGGAAUUGUUCACAAGGCUCUUAUACUACACUCCUAUGGCCAUACUUGCUUCUAUCAUCCUCUCUGCACUUCCUGGAUUAAUUGACAUACGUGAAGCUUGCUAUAUCUGGAAGGUUGACAAAUUAGACUUCCUUGCCUGCAUUGGUGCUUUCUUUGGUGUCUUGUUUGCAUCGGUAGAGAUUGGUCUUCUUGUUGCAGUGUCAAUCUCGUUUGCAAAGAUACUAAUGCAAUCAAUUCGACCUGGAAUAGAAGUACUAGGUAGAGUUCCAAGGACAGAGGCUUUCUGCGAUGUUAGUCAAUAUCCAAUGGCCAUAAGCACUCCAGGAAUCUUGGUUAUUCGCAUAAGCUCUGGCUCACUCUGCUUUGCUAAUGCUAGUUUUGUUAGAGAAAGAAUAGUGAAGUGGGUCACGGAAGAAGAAGAUAGCCUUAAAGAAACUGACAAGGGAAGGGUCCAAGCAGUAAUCUUGGACAUGACAAACCUGAUGAAUGUUGAUACUUCCGGAAUUCUAGCACUGGAGGAACUGCACAAGAGGUUGCUUUCGUGUGAAGUAGAAUUGGCAUUGGUCAACCCGAGGUGGCUAGUAAUUCACAAGCUUAAAGUGGCUCACUUCGUGGAUAAAAUCGGAAAAGAAUGGGUUUUCCUUACUGUUGCGGAAGCCGUAGAUGCAUGUCUGUCUUCUAAAUUCGCUGACCCAUGAUUGAUGAUUUCAAGGGCCAUCUCUGAAAUUUACUGCGUAAUUGCACAUCUGAGUCGGUAAAGUUGGGUAUCUAUUGUCUUACGUAAAAUGAGAAUGAUAUUUGGGAUUGUGUCUGUACGGAAAAUAUCAUGUACGGAAAGGCUCCUUAGACGGACUCUGUAAAGGUGGUAAUGAGUAAAGUUUCAGCACAACACCAGAGUACUUGAAUUUAUAUACUUAUUAGGUUUAAGAUAAGGGUUCCAUUU